UUCACCAUUAUUACAUCUCUUGAUUCUUCAACCUCUUUUUCUUCUUCUUCUUCUUCUUUCUAACUGAUUUUUCUUUGAUCAUCUUCUUCUCUUCAUUAUGGCUCCUCCUUAUCGGGACUCGUUUCCCUCCGAUCACGACGAUCUUGAUCUUCACUACUCGUCUUCUCAUCACCUCUUUUUCCCUAUCCUCACCCCUCAGGCUUCUUCUUCUUCUUCCUCCUCUCUUUCUUUCACUGCCCUCGAUCAUUCCAUGAUCUCCGACGAUCCUCUAGCUCGCUCGAUAGAGCUCAAACAUGAGGGUGGCGUGAUUAUGGGUUGUAACAAUGAUCAAAGUAUUGGAAAUCAUGAAGAUCAUAUGGAAGAAACUGGACUAAGGUUUACAAUUUGGAAGCAGAUUGAUAAGAGAGAAACUUCAAGCUGUUGUGAGAAUAAUAACAAUGAUAGUACUCACAAUGAUUCGGUGAAGUGGUCUUCUUCUUCCUCCUCCUCCAAGAUCAAAUUCAUGAUAAAUUCUAACCAAACUGAGACGACUCUCACCCGAACAAUCGAAAGCGGUCGAAAUGUCCAAGAUCUCAACAACUCACCGUCACCGUCUUCAUUUGAACAAACGAACAAACGAACAAGCACGACGACACUACAUGACGGGGGUGCCAUAAUCAGAACCUGUUCCGAUUGUAACACCACAAAAACUCCCCUUUGGAGAAGCGGCCCUAGAGGUCCUAAGUCACUUUGCAACGCGUGUGGAAUCCGACAGAGAAAAGCAAGACGAGCAAUGGCAGAAGCAGCAGCGGCCGCUGCGAACGGUGGGGCUGUAGUUGUAAAGACCAACAAGGUGGUACAACACAAGAUAACGACGAAGCCAGCGACGACAUUGAAGAGAAAAUACAAAGACGAGGUCGUGGUAGUCGGUGGCGACAAGAAGGGCGGAGGAAGAAAGAAACUUUGUUUUGAAGAGAUAAAAAUGGGGGGAAGAUUGAGUGAGAUAUCUUCAUCCUAUCAACGAGUUUUCCCACAAGAUGAAAGAGAAGCUGCCAUUUUGCUCAUGACUCUAUCUUAUGGCCUUCUUCAUGGUUAAUUAAUUAAUUUUUAAUAUUAUAUAUUCUUUUUUAUUUUAUUGCUCUUUUUCUUUUUCUUUGUGAGUUUGAUUUUCUUAUUUCUAAAUGCUAAUGCAUUUUGGGGAUAAAAAGUUUUCAAAUAAUUAGAAAAAAAAAAAAAGACCACUGAGGAAAAUCAUCUUGUAUUAUUGUACUUAUUUAUUUUCAUCUACAUAUAUAUAAUUUUAAUAAUA